AUGUACAUCCCCCUUAUGUGGCUUGGCACUCCACCUCUGCUGACCCGCUGGGUCCCUGACUUGGCACUUGUUGAUGCUUUCCCACUUCAUCACCAUCCCCGGCUGGAUGGUCGGACUGCCCUGCAUGUAGCCGCAGCUUAUUCUAAAGACGAGAUUGUCCGACUUCUGCUAGCGAAAAAGGCUGAGCCAAAUCUUCCCGGAGGGCCAAAGGACCAGUUACCUCUUCAUUACACCGCUCAGCGACCCAACGGGGCCAUCAGUGUCAUCCAGACUUUACUGCGAGCGUCACACAAAGAGGCCAGACUUGUCCAGGACAAGGACGGCUGUAUUCCUCUACUGGUGGCGGUGGAGGGCGGUAACUUGGGGAUCUGUAAAGAGUUACUUACAUCUCACAUUGAUGCACAACUGAAAGCAAAAAGCAAAAAAUGUGGUGACUCAGCACUUCAUGCCUGUUGUAGAAAGCGAGAUGUGGAGGUGGCCAGACUCCUGGUGGAAUGUGGAGCUCCUGUGGAUGACCAGAAUGAUGAAGGACAGACCCCGCUACACAUCGCAGCCUGGGAAGGUGAUGAAGUCAUGGUGAAGUUUUUACAUCAGUGUAAAGUCAACCCCAACAUCAACGAUAAGAUGGAACGGUCAGCGCUGCACAUCGCGGCGGAGAGAGGGAACACCGCCAUAGUGGAGAAUCUCACUGACAAGUUUCAUUCGAAUGUUUUGGCGCGCACCAAGGAUGGAGACACGUUGAUGCACAUUGCCUCUCAGUGCGGACACCCGGAGACGGCGCUGUCGUUCCUGAAGAAGGGGGUCCUCCUACAUAUGCCAAAUAAGGCAGGCGCAGUGUGUCUCCAUGCCGCUGCCAGGAGAGGUCACACCGCUGUGGUUAAAGCAUUGCUUCAGAAGGGCGCUCACGUGGAUGCCCGGACCAAAGAGGACUUCACCGCUCUGCACAUCGCCACGGAGGCCUGCAAGCCACACGUAGUGCAAACCCUGCUCGGAUUUGGUGCACAAGUACAGCCAAAAGGGGGGAAGGACCAGGAGACACCUCUACAUAUCGCGGCCCGAAUCAAAGAUGGCGAAAAAGUGGCUGAAAUUCUGCUGAAGAGCGGAGCCGACGUUAACAUGGAACGAGCUAAUGGGGAGACGGCCAUGCAUGUGGCAGCUCAGUAUGGGAACAUCAAAAUGAUCAGCGCCCUAAUCGAAGAGGGAGGAGAGGUCACAUGGCAGUCCAAGGCACAAGAGAAUGCGCUUCAUACCGCCGUCCGCCACUGCCACCUUCCAAUCGUAGAGCUUAUUCUUGACUAUCUGUCCAAUAAAAAGAGCGAGGCUGAGGCUCUGUGCUGUGUGAACCAGCCCAACCAGGAGGGAGAGACUUCGCUGCAUCUCGCUGCCGCACUCGCAAAAGACUCCGUUCACUUUGAGGAAGAGGACGUGAAAAUUGUCAGGCUUCUUCUGGAACAUGGUGCUGAUAUUUCAAGUACUGCAAGAACGGCCGGCGAGACUCCGCUGCAUUAUUGCGCCAGGACGGGGAACACAGAAGUGCUAUUGGAGAUGAUUACCCAUAUAGGAGGCAGCUGCAUUCAACAGACCAUGAACAAACAGGCCAAGAACGGCUGGUCUCCAUUACUGGUGGCAGCAGAGAGCGGUCACACUGGAGUGGUGAAGAUCCUGAUCCAGAAUCAUGCCAGGGUGGAUGUGUUUGAUGAGCACGGCAAAGCAGCCCUACACCUCGCUUGUGAGAACGGCCACGACAAGAUGGCGGAUAUCCUGCUGCGGCACAAGGCUUUCGUGAAUGCCAAAACCAAACUGGGCCUGACACCUCUUCACUUGUGCGCUGAAAACGGCUGCAAUCACCUUGUUAAACUGCUGGUGGAAAAUUACCUUGCCAGUAUUGACGCCAUGUCCUUGACCAAGAGAACGCCUCUCCACCUCGCCGCCGGGAACGGUCAGCUGGACGUCUGUAACAGCUUGCUGAACAUGAAGGCGGACGUCAACGCUACCGACAUACACGGACAGACAGCGCUCCACCUGGCUGCGGAAAAUGACCACUCUGAAGUCGUUAAACUGUUCCUGAAACACCGGCCUGAGCUAGUGACAUCCGCCAACAUGGACGGCUCCACAUGCACCCACAUUGCAGCCGCCAAGGGCAGCGUCGCUGUCAUCAAAGAGCUGCUCAAGUUCAACAGUAGCGGUGUGACAACAGCGCGUAACAAGACCAAUGACUCCACCCCCCUGCACCUGGCAGCAGCGGGGGGCCACGCGGGUGUUGUGAAGGUGUUGCUGGAGACCGGAGCGUCAGCAUCUGAUGAAGAUGCGGAGGGGAUGUCUGCUAUCCACCUGGCUGCCAAGAAUGGGCACAUCAAUGUUCUAGAAGCGCUAAAGGGCUGCGUCUCCUUCCGUCUCACCAGCACCAAGACCGGACUCACGGCUCUCCACAUCGCCGCUCAUUAUGGCCAACUGGAUUUUGUGCGGGAAAUGUUAACAAAGGUUCCGGCUACAAUGCAGAGCGAGCCUCCGAAGUCCGCUGUGGAGAUGUUCCACCUGAAGGAACAUGGCGGAGAGUCUGGAUACACUCCGUUGCACAUGGCUUCCCAAUCCGGCCAUGAAAGUCUUGUACGGCUUUUGCUGAACUGCCCAGGAAUUCAGGUUGAUGCUGCGACCAGCCGGCAGGGAUCUACACCUAUUCAUCUUGCGGCUCAGAACGGUCACACGGCAGUUGUCGGGCUGCUUCUGAGUAAAUCAACAUCUCAACUGAACAUGAUAGACAGCCGCGGAUGCUCAUGUCUCCACUUGGCAGCGGCUAAUGGCCACAAUGAGAUGCUAAGAACUCUGAUUGGACAAGGAGCUGACAUCAAUGUGACUGACAAGAAUGGGUGGUGCCCGCUCCAUUUUGCUGCAAAGUCUGGUUAUCUCAACACUGUGCGUUACCUGGUGGAAUGUGGUGCUAACCCGACCUUGGAAUGUAACGACGGGAAGACCGCCAUCCAGUACGCGGCUGAUGACAACCACCAGGAGGUAGUAAGCUUUUUACUGAGGAAAAACCACAACACCCUCAAACUGACAGAGGACAGGAAGUUUGUUUUUGACCUAAUGGUUUGUGGAAAGCUGAACAACAACAGAAUCAUAGAAGAAUACAUUCUAAACUCGAAUGCUCCUCUGGAUACCGCAGUGAAGCUUUCCAGAGCAUUCCAUGUCACUGCACUGAGGGAGAAGGAACGGUCAGUAGACCUGCUCAACGCUGCCAAAUACAGCGAAACAAUGGCCACAGAGCUCCUGACCAUAGCAUCUGGCAGCAAAAAUGCCGGGUAUAUCCUCAGGUCAGUGGACCACCGUGGAACUUCCAUACUCGAUUGCUUAAUUGAAUACGAGCAGAAGAAUGUGGUGGCUCAUCCGGCUGUUCAGAAGUACUUGACCGAAGUCUGGUAUGGCAACUUGGACUGGACUGCUUGGAAGUUGGUCCUUCUUUUUUUUACCUUUUUAGCCUGCCCACUCGUUUGGUUUGUCUUUUCUCUACCUCUCAAGCACAGGUUUAACAAAAUCCCCAUAAUGAAGUUCAUGAGUUAUCUGGCAUCUCACAUAUUUCUACUUGUACUAUUCAUCUUGACCAUUGUCUAUCCUCCACUGAGCCCCAUUCAUGAAGGACACAUGGUGCCUAAUUGGAACGAAUGGCUUUUGUUGGCCUGGCUGUCGGGUAUGUUGGUUUCAGAGCUCACCCACCAACAAGAGCGGGCCGGUCUUGCCUGGAUUCGAGUGUUUGUUUUGGGGUUUUCUGCCGUUGCCUUCUUCUGCCACCUGCUUGCAUUUAUCUUUACGGACAUGGAUCGCCUUCACUGCCUAUUUGCCAGAAACAUGUUCCUUGGCAUUGCCAUGACUCUGUCUUUUGUCCAGUUUUUGGAAUUCCUCACUUUCCACCACCUCUUUGGACCUUGGGCCAUCAUCAUAAGAGAUCUCAUCAAGGAUCUGACAAGGUUUGCGGUCAUCCUUGCUUUGUUUCAUGUGGCCUUCACCAUGCAACUGUCUGCUGUCUACCAGCCAGUCUACCCAGAGCCAAGUGCCAACUACUCAUAUAAUGGGUCAAUGACAUUUAGAAAUGAUUCCAACAUCCAGGAUCCUAUCGACAUCACUGUUCUCUUGUUCUUCUCAUUGUUUGGCCUGGUGGAACCAGGAAGCCUUCCAUCUCUCAGCAGGACUCCGCAGUUCACCUUUUUUAUUGUUCGUUUUGUAUUUGGAGUAUACCUUAUUGUAACUCUCAUCGUCCUUAUCAAUCUACUGAUUGCUAUGAUGAGUGACACAUACCAGCGUAUACAAGCUCAGUCGGACACAGAAUGGAAAUUUGGAAGAGCCACACUCAUCAGAGACAUGACCAGAAAACCUGGAACCCCGUCUCCUUUCAACCUUUUCACAAACCUGUUUUACUACAUCAAACUACUCUGCAAGCAUAAAGGAAAGAUGUGCUCGGCUAAUGCUAGAACGCUAAUGAACGAAGAAGAGGUAGAGGUCUUCCCGGACACUCACUCUAUAGACUUACUGGCCCACUCGUCAUUCGGGUGGGUUAGGACCACUGCCAAGAGAACCAUGCAGGUUUCACCAGAAGGUGGCAUAUACCGGGAUCACCAAUUUACGGGGCCAGUACACGUGGAUGAGAUCAUUAACUGGCAUUCUGUGGUCAUAAGAUACUUGUCACUAAAAGGACAGACAGAUCGCGUCACCGACAGAAGCGUUCCUCAGAUCACAGAAGUCAACAGCAAACUGCUGCCGCAUCACACGCUAAAUAAGAAACUCCACAACGGACGGCUCGAGUUCUCUAACCAGUGACAUCUCCUGAUAUUUAGAAUUUUUUUAAACUGCGAGUAAUUUUGGACCUGCUGCAAACAUUCCAACGUGUCCAUCGUUCGAAGCCCCACCACAGGCAAAAACAAAUGAUCGGGACAGGUGGGAGGUACUUUUGGUUUGUGGUUAUGGACACCUGUCUAUCACAUCUAUGAGCUGGUUGGACAUCACAUUUUAGAACCAUUGGAACUAAUAUACAGUUGUCACCCCCCAUCCCGCUUGUGACUAUAAAGACCUCCACUCCUUAAUUUUGAAGUUGCACGUUAAAUCCUUCAUCCCAAUUCCUGGGUUCUUUACGAUGAGGCCCUGCCCAGUCCUUGCAUCCAAAAAAAGUCCUCUGCCCGCCUGUUGUGGCCCCCUUUUUUCCAAUUCGUGGUUCAAUACCUAUGGUGGCACUGAACUAUCCACCAUGUAAGGACCAUAGAAGUGAAUAGAUAUAUGGCCCCAUCUACAUCACCAACCUCAUCUGCAGAUAUCGCCCCCUCUGCUCCUCCCAGGACCUCUUGCUCUC